AUGGCGUGUCCAUUCCUGCAAGAUGUGGUGGAUGAAGAAGCACUUGUGCUCAGGAGGGCCUUCAGGCAGGAGAGGGUGUUCAGGGACCGGUUGGACCCACUGGCCUUCCCUGAUGACCAUCUACAUGAGAGGUACAGGUUCUCAGCAGAUGGAAUCAGGUAUUUGUGCAGACUGCUGGGUCCCAGGAUUCAAAACCGCACAGCACGGAGCCAUGCACUGAGUGUGGAGCAAAUGGUGUGUGUGGGCUUGCGCUUCUUUGCUAGUGGAGCCUUCCUUUACUCCGUGGGGGAUGCAGAACGGCUUAACAUCAUUAUAGAUGUGUUCAUCACCUUCCCUGGCCACAGAAGACUCCGUGACAUCAAAGAGGAGUUUUAUAGGAUUGCAGGUAUCCCCAAUGUCAUUGGUGCAUUGGACUGCACUCACAUAAGGAUCAAAUCCCCCUCAGGUGCCAAUGAGGCAGAUUGUGUGAAUCAAAAAUCCUUCCACAGCAUCAAUGUUCAGAUUGUCUGCAAUGCUGACUGUCUAAUCAGCAAUGUUGUGGCAAAAUGGCCUGGCUCAGUCCAUGACUCCAGAGUCUUUCGGACCUCUGACAUCCAUCAGCGCCUAUCACAAGGUGAGCCACACAACCCCUAUUAA